CGCGAAACCGCCCGCUUCUAGUAGCGCGGCCAGAACAAGCCGGUCCCGGGACUUUCCGGGAUCCCCGCCUCCGCCCGCCCUGCCCCCCUCUCCCGGCCGCGAGUCAUAGCGCCCUGUCCGGUACAGUCUCGGACAGCACCCGGAGCCUGCGGCCCGGCGCCGACAGCGGGGAGUCCCAGGCCGGGGCGCGACCUCCGGCAGCACCCACGCGCCCAUGGGCAGCUCAGGGUCCCCCAGCCCCUGCGGCUGCCUCUGCUCGUCCCGAGCUUCCCUGGCGUGGCUGGGGGUACCGCUGCUGCUUCUCGCCGACUGGGUGCUGCUCCGGGAGGCGCUCCCCAGAAUAUGCUCCGUGCUGGUCCCCACCGAGCAGCCCCUGCUCCGGGUCUGUGUGGUGGGCCUGAGCCGCUGGGCUGUGCUGUGGCUGGGGGCCCGUGGUGUUCUCCGGACAACGGUGGGCUCCGGCAGGGAAAGCGCAGGAGUCCGGGGAUGGCUGGCCGCUCUGCAGCCAUUGGCGGCGGCGCUGGGCUUGGCCCUGCCGGGACUGGCCUUGUUCCGAGAGCUGCGCUCGUGGGGAGUUCCCAGGGAUUCUGACAGCUCCAGGCUCCUGCACUGGGGAAGUCGCCUGGACGCUUUCGCCCUCAGUUACUUGGCAGCACUGCCCGCAGCCGCCAUGUGGCAUAAGCUCAGCGGACUUUGGGGGCCAGAAAGUCACAGGGGUUCAGGAGACGCGGUGCGCCGUCUUCUAGGCUGUCUGGGUUCCGAGAUACGACGCCUCCGGCUCCUGCUGGUCCUGUUGGUUCUCUCCAGUCUUGGGGAAAUGGCCAUUCCCUUCUUCACCGGCCACCUCACUGACUGGAUUCUACAAGACGGGACAGCCUCUGCCUUCACACGGAACAUAACGCUCAUGUCCAUUCUCACCACAGCCAGUGCCGUGCUGGAGUUCGUGGCUGAUGGGAUCUAUAACAGCACCAUGGGCCGUGUGCACAGCCACUUUCAGGGAGAAGUAUUUCGGGCUGUCCUGCGCCAGGAAACGGAGUUUUUCCAACAGAACCAAACGGGAGCCAUCACUUCUCGGGUGACAGAGGACACAUCCACCCUGAGUGAGUCUCUGAGUGAGAAGCUGAGCCUACUGUUGUGGUACCUGGUGCGGGGGCUGUGUCUCUUGGGGCUCAUGCUCUGGGGGUCACUGUCACUCACCAUGGUCACGCUGGUCGCCCUGCCUCUGCUUUUCCUUCUGCCUAAGAAGCUGGGAAAAUGGUACCAGGUGCUGGCAGCCCAGGUGCAGAAGUCUCUGGCAGAGUCCAGCCAGGUGGCCAUCGAGGUGCUGUCAGCUAUGCCCACAGUCCGGAGCUUUGCCAGUGAGGAGGCUGAGGCCCAGAAGUUUAGCCAAAAGCUGCAGGAUAUGAGUACCCUCCAUCAGAAGGAGGCUCUGGCCUAUGCAGUCAACCUCUGGACCAUCAGUAUCUCAGGGAUGCUGCUGAAGGUGGGAAUCUUAUACAUUGGUGGGCAUCUGGUGACAAGUGGGGCUGUAAGCAGCGGGAGCCUUGUCACAUUUAUUCUCUACCAGAUGCAGUUCACCUCAGCUGUAGAGGCACUGCUCUCCACCUACCCCAGUGUACAGAAGGCUGUGGGCUCCUCAGAGAAAAUAUUUGAAUACCUGGACCGGAUUCCUCGCUGUCCUGCCAGUGGUGUGUUGACUUCCUUAAACUUGGAGGGCCUUGUCCAGUUUCAAGAUGUCUCCUUCGCCUACCCAAACCGUCCAGAUGUCCCAGUGCUGCAGGGGCUGACGUUCACCCUACGUCCCGGUGAGGUGACGGCUCUGGUGGGGCCCAAUGGGUCUGGGAAGAGCACAGUGGCUGCCUUGCUGCAGAAUCUGUACCAGCCCACGGGGGGCAGGCUGCUGCUGGAUGGGAAGCCCCUUCCCCACUAUGAACACCGCUACCUGCACACACAGGUGGCUGCAAUGAGACAAGAGCCGCAGCUAUUUGGAAGGAGUUUUCAAGAAAAUAUUGCCUACGGCCUGGUCCCGAAGCCAACUGUGGAGGAAAUCAUAGCUGCUGCAGUGGUGUCUGGAGCCCAUAGUUUCAUCUCUGAACUCCCUGAGGGCUAUGACACAGAGGUAGGCGAGGCGGGGAGCCAGCUAUCGGGGGGUCAGCGACAGGCAGUGGCCUUGGCUCGAGCAUUGAUCCGGAAACCACGUGUACUCAUCCUGGAUGAUGCUACCAGUGCCCUUGAUGCAGACAGCCAGUUACGGGUGGAGCAGCUCCUGUACAAAAGCCCUGAGCGGUGCUCUCGGUCUGUGCUUCUCAUCACCCAUUGUCUCAGCUCGUUGGAGCAGGCUGACCAAAUCCUCUUUCUGGAAGGAGGCACCAUCUGUGAAGCAGGAACCCACCAGCAGCUCAUGGAGAGGAGGGGGCACUUCUGGGCCAUGAUGCAGGCUCCUGGCGGGUCAGGAGCUCCAGAAUGAAAGACUUCUGAGACCUGCAUAUGCCGUCUCCCUCCCUUCUUUUCUCCUCUCUAGUGGAGAGUUUGGGAACAAAUGGCUUACCAGAGCUGCACAGGAGGCAGCUGCUUUUAGGAGGAGCGACAUCCUAGAACAUAACUCACUAGCUGAUGCCUGAAAUUCCGCCAUGAGUGUUGCCCCCUCUCCAAACUCCUCUUGAUAAUGCAGAUUUCUUGGAAGAAAACAGGGUUUAGAACUUCUUCCUGUAACUGGGUUCAGAGCCAGGAUUUUGGUGUGGAACCCUGGAAAUGAGAACUUUAGAA